AUGCACUCCAACGGAAUCAUCUACGCCGCCCUCGCCGCCUUGUCCAUGGUGAGCACCGUGGCGGCGGUCAAGUGCAGCGCCGACUUUUUCUGCAACCAGAUUGACUGUUCUGUCCCAUAUCAAUUCCCGUCCGGCUGCGGUGAUGGCAGGUCUGGCACCUGGGGCGUACACGCCGAGGCCUGUGGAUAUGUCGACUGCAACUGCGCCACGAACUCGGCUGUGUUCCUACAGACUUGCUAA